AUGCGGUUGUUCUGGGAAUUAAAGUGUCAAGAAGGUACAAAAAAGCAACGAAACGUUUACAACCUGAGCGAAAUUUACUUGUUGGCGUCUGCGCUCAAGCAAGCGGAGCAGGAACAGGCUAGGCCUUAUUUCGAUAAUAAUCCAAUUCCAUUUUCGGGGGACUUCAUGAGGUUUGUGAAAGAUAUGGGAAGAGUCGUAUACCACCGAAAAGAUGAGAAGAAACCGAGUGAAGUGUUAAAACGGAACUUGAGACCGCUACGUAUCAGCACUACAGUACGGAAUAGACUGGAUCCCACAGGACGUGAUGUUAAUAACCUGAACACGCAAAAAGCAGCUUUAAGGGAUGUGCUCAUGAUGAAGCUUGUGUCUUAUUAUGAAGACAAGUAUAAGCUCUCCAACCCAAAAACGACAGUCACGCCGCCAACUAACGAAUUCGUUAUAGCCGGUGCAAAGAGGCGGCAUUAUGAACCGAUUAGAUAUUUUGAAGACACAACAACACAGGUGACAGACAAAGACGGCCAUGUAGCGGAAGUGGUUGUAAUUUGAGAAAUCAAAAAAGUGCCUAUCGUAAUUUUCAAAAAUAUUUUUAUUGAAC